UCAACGACGUUUUUAUCGAUGGUUUCCCAAAAUAUUGCCUCUCGAGUGUACACGGGCUCUUCCUCGUUGGCUAGCGAUCAAAAUCCCCAAAUUUUCAGUUUCAGAGAGCAGUGAAACCAUGGGAGGAGGUGAACAUGGACAUGGACAUGGGGAAGCGCAUGGGGACUUUAGGGCUAAGGUUUGGAGCAUGAGUGGAGGACCUUAUUGCCGGCCCAAGCACUGGAAACGCAAUACUGCUAUUGCCAUGGCCGGGAUCGUUCUCAUCUGCAUCCCUAUCGCUAUGAAAUCUGCAGAGCUUGAGCAACGGCCACACAAUCCCGUUCGGCCAAUUCCUUCACAGCUCUGGUGCAAGAAUUUUGGAAACAAGGAGUAUUAAUCUAUCAUCUGAAAAUUGAGUAAAGAAAAUAUGAGCCAGAAACUGCAUUCCUGAUUUGCAGUUGGAGAGGUCUUUGGAUCUGGUAAUUGCAGAGACUAAAAUUUUCAGCUCUUGGGUGUUAUAUUUCCCAAUUAUGUCAAUCUUGUAUUUGGUUGUCUCCUGCUACCAAUUGUUAGUAACCAAAAUAAGCUGCUGUUUGUUUUAAUAGCCAUGUUUAAAGUUAAGUGUUCCCAUAACGACCAGAAGGAAGAAACUCUGUCUAGUUUGGAUUGUUCAAAUUCAAUUUCUUCAUCAUUUUUCUUA